UGCUCAUCCAGAAAGCAAAAGCUACUCAACAUAGAUUCAAUGGCCACCAUAUUUGGGACUAUAGAGAAAGUAGCAACAUUUCCCUCCAUUGUUUUUCUUAUUUUUCUAUGGCUUUGGUGGUGGAAUAGAAGAAGAAGCUCUAUAAUCAUUGACUGGCCUGUUUUCGGGAUGAUUCCAUCGCUUCUUUGCAACUUCUAUCGCAUCCAUGAUUAUGCCACUUAUAUUCUUCAACGAAGUGGAGGCACAUUUUCUUUCGAAGGACCUUGGUUCAGUGGCAUGAAUUUCAUAAUUGUUAGCGAUCCCAUAAAUGUCCAUUACAUUCUAAGCAAAAACUUUUCCAACUAUCACAAAGGUCCUGAGUUCAAGCAAAUUUUCGAACCUCUGGGAGAAGGGAUUUUCAAUUCUGAUUCUGAUAGCUGGAGGAUUCAGAGGCAAAUAUUUCACUCUUUAUUAAUCAAGAACAAGAAGUUUGAGUUGGCUGUAGAAGUUACUUUGAAGCAAAAGAUCUUACAUGGACUAUUUCCAAUUUUGGAAAAUGUCUCACAAGUAGAUAUACAAGAUUUGUUUCAGCGAUUCACGUUUGACAAUAUCUGCCAGUUGGUUUUAGGCUUCGACUCAAAUUCUCUUUCUAUUGAAUUCCCUCAAAUUCCUUAUCAGAAAGCUUUUGAUGAUAUGGAAGAAGCUAUCAUUUAUCGGCAUGCAGUGCCCAACAGCAUAUGGAAGUUGCAAAAAUGGCUUCAGAUUGGGAAAGAGCACAAGUUAAAGAAAGCUUGGAAGAUCUUUGAUGAUUUUCUGGAGCAAUGUAUUACAAGAAAGCGAGAACAGUCAGGCCAAAGCUGCAGAGCUCAAAUGGAAGGAGAAGAUUUUGACUUGUUAACAUAUUUUUUAGUAGAAGGUGAUGAAUUUGCAGAAGCAGCAGCAAGAGGGGGCAUUCACAUUAAAUCAAAUAAGUUUCUAAGAGACAUGGCAACUAGCCUAUUGGUAGCUGGGAGAGACACCGUAGGUGCUAGUCUUGUUUGGCUAUUUUGGCUUGUUGGAACACACGCAUCUGUAGAGAAAAAGAUUUUGGAAGAGAUCAAAUCAAAUAUAGGAGAAAAAACUGGUGAAAAAUGGAGGGCUUUCAGUAUUGAAGAAGUAAGGAAACUAGUUUACCUCCAUGCAGUUAUUUGUGAGGUUUUGAGGCUGUAUCCACCAAUACCUUUUGAGCAUAAAGUGUCAAUAGAAAAAGACAUUUUUCCUAGCGGGCAUAGUGUGCCUAGAAAUAUGAGAAUUUUGUUCUCCUUCUACUCGAUGGGCAGGAUGGAAGAAAUAUGGGGCAAAGAUUGCUUAGAAUUUAAACCAGAGAGAUGGAUUUCAGAAGGAGGAGGAAUCAAACAUGUGCCAUCUUACAAGUUCAUAGCAUUCAAUGCAGGACCAAGGAGUUGUUUAGGCAAGGAAUUAUCCUUUAUACAAACAAAAAUCAUUGCUGCUUCUGUAAUAUGGAAUUACUCUCUUAAAGUAGUCGAAAACCAUCCUGUCAGUCCAAAUGUUUCUGUUGUACUUUAUAUGAAAAAAGGUUUGAAGGUUAAUGUUUUUAAAAGAUUUGCGGCUUAAAGUCAAAGCAAAUCUUAAUUUUAUGCAAUGUUAUCUACUUUGAAAAGAAUUGUUCUCCCAAUAAAAAGCAGUGUGGUAGUUGCUUAAUUAAUGUGCUUCUCCCUAUA